GCUCCAGUCUUUUUAAAAAAAUUAUUGUAGUUUGCCUAACUCUGCAACACAAUGCUUCGCACAUUCACUCUCCGCGUCGCCCAGCCCCUCGCCCGCCAAGUGCGCGCUCAGUCCACUGCCGCCGCUGCAGCGACUGAAUCCCCGUUCGGCGUCAAUGGCACCAAGUCCACCCCUGAGCAGAUCAAGGCGGCCGAAGCCAUGUGGGCCAAGAGCGCGAGGGCAUUCGUCAACAUUCCCCGUGAAAACAUUUCCUUCGUUGCCGUCCCGUCCGCAACCAACGAAGCCAACGUCCUGCCGCUGUUCCAGAUCAAGGGCGAGCCUGCAGCAAAGAACUCGUUCGACGCUGGUCUCCGCCACCUCACCCCCAUCUCGUCGCUCCUGAUUGCCACUUUGGGCCGUGACGGCACCACCGGUCGCGAGUCGUUCCGAGGCAACGUUCUCAUCGCGGAAGACCAAGCUGAGCACCAGCUCUUGUUGUCGGCAGCCGCCAUCGAUGGACAGCCUGGCAUCAACCCGACCUUCCAACAGUACGCCGAGUUCUACUCGUUCCUUCGCGACGAGCUUGUGGCGCACGUCGUUGCCAACCGCGACGCUUACGCACCCUCGUACAAGAAGCUCCGAUCCGUCCCUGUGGAUCGCCUUAAGGACUUCCUUCUCGCCUCGUACCGAGAGCCAAUUCACCACCGCGAAGACUCUCAAGGCCAACUCGGCGCUGAUGAUUACAUUGUCUUCAAGAAGCGUGCCUUCCUGAAGCUUGAUCCCAAGACUUACGAACUGCGCAAGUCCCACGCCAACUUUGACCACGAACUCUGGGCGUCCAAGAAGGUUGUGCCCUACCCCAUUCCUGUUCACGACAAGUUCGGCACUAUGCUGCCAAACAAGACCAACGACGACCGCAAGCUCACUCGCGGCGACAUUGUUCUUGCCGAGGUCUUGCUGCAGCCCCAACUCUUCGAACUCGCUGGAACUUUCGGCAUGGGCUUCCGACGCCAACUCAAGAGCGUCGUCGUGCUCAACCGUGCCGACCGCGUUGCCUAUUCGAAUCAAGGCACGUCCGCGUUCGUGGUGGACGCCUAAAACUCAGAUUGUCGUUUUUUGCGGAUGAUACUGCUACGCUUGCUGGCCGUCUUCGAUUCGCCGUUUGAAUUUAAUGAGCAUCUGGUGUCGGUGACGAACGUUCACAAUGAUUUUACGAAACAAUUUUACGAAACAAAAAAAUACAUUCGAUGUUGUCAACCAA